AUGUUCAGAAACAAUUACGAUAACGAUUCGGUGACCUUCUCUCCGCAAGGUCGGAUUUUCCAAGUCGAAUAUGCACAAGAAGCAGUCAAGCAGGGCUCUGUGGUGGUGGGGCUCGUGAGCAAAACACACGCGGUCCUCGUUGGACUGAAGCGCAAUGCAGAGGAACUGUCGUCGUACCAGAAAAAAGUGAUCGAAAUCGACUCGCACAUGGGCAUUGCCAUUGCCGGGCUGUCAUCGGACGCCCGUGUCCUCUCCAACUUCAUGAAGCAGCAGUCCCUCGGAUCACGAAUGACCUACGGCCGCGCGAUCCCACUGGACCGAAUCGUGACGCAAAUCGGCGAUCGCGCGCAGACAAACACGCAGCACUACGGCAAGCGGCCUUACGGUGUUGGAUUGCUCGUUGCGGGCGUGGACGAUGCCGGCCCUCAUCUGUUUGAGUUUCAGCCAUCGGGACUAACCCAUGAAAUGCUUGCCUGUGCGAUUGGUGCACGGUCGCAGAUGGCUCGUACAUAUUUAGAGAGGAACCUGGAUGAGUUCCCCGAGAGCAGCCGGGAUGAGCUGAUCAACCACGGGCUCAAGGCACUGCGGGAAACGCUUUCUCAGGACAAGGAGCUUACGGUUGAGAAUACCAGUGUCGGUAUUGUCGGGCUUGCUCCCAAGGACUCCAAGGCUAGAAUCGAGACUUUUAAGCUUUAUGAUGGCCAGAGCGUUGGUCCCCUGCUGGAAGCUUUGGAUGGAGCCACAGAGGGUGGCGAGGAAGAAGGAGAGAUGGAGGUGGACACGCAGUAG